GCUAUCGCGUAAACACAAAAAACUAGCUCCGAUGAAAGAGAGCUCUAACGACUGUUUUUUUUCGUGAGUUUCUCUUUUUUUGUUAUUUUUAACGCCACACACGGUUUAUCAGUGCACGGCGAGUCAUGUCUGUGAGCCACACCAAGGACUCCAGCUUCCUGGGAGGAAGGAUACCACCAGAAAUAGACUCAAUGUCGAAAAACCUAAAGGAUGUGGAUCACGAGAUGUUCAGAAAAAUACUGAAAGCGGUGGUCAGCGGGCUGGAGGGGAAGGACUGCAGGGAGGUGAUGAAGUCCAUCGCCGAGAGCAGCACCGUCCCCCAGGAGCGGCUCGGCCACGUGGUCUCCGGCGUGUACCGGGUCCUGUCCGAGGCCGUCCGCGUCCCCGCGUCCUCUCUGAAACAAGAGGCCUUCAGAGAGGAUCUCAGAGAACUGAGGAUACCAGAAGAAUUCAUCGCAGAUUUCUCCAGUGUGGUUUUUGGCAGCAGGCGUGCAGAUCUAGACGCAGCGACUGCCCGGAAUGACCCACACCUCCCCACGGUAGAAGACUUUAAAUGGAGGGUGGACGUUGCCAUUUCCACGAGCUCUUUAGCCAGAGCCCUGCAGCCUUCUGUCCUGAUGCAGAUGAAACUAUCAGAUGGGAGCUUUCAGCGCUUCGAGGUGCCCGUGUCUAAAUUCCAGGAGCUCCGCUACAACGUGGCUCUCAUUCUCAAAGAGAUGAACGACCUGGAGAAGAGGAACAUCCUCAAAAUCCAAGACUGAUUCACCCUGUAAAUGGCCUGUUCAUUAAUGAGUUAUUGAAUCUGCCCAUCGUGUUCUCAUGUGACGUGUUGGCGUUCCACAUAUUAACUGAUGACGGAGUGAAAAAGGAUAAGGACACUUAUCCAGCUGGCUGCACCAUAGGACCGCCUGACAGUGACCAGACUGAAGACAAGAAGACAUGGACCCGUGGUCUUUAUUUCAAAAGAAAAAUUGGCCUUGUUUUUGCCUUGUACAUUAUUGGAUUCAGGGGUUGUUGGGAGAUUGGAGACAACUGCAACGCCUCUUUUGUGCCAAAAUACGAAUGCAGUCAAGUGUUCCCGAAGAGCCUCUUUCCCUGGUGUCAUGUGACCUGGUCUGAAAACUGCACAUGCUUCUGAAACACAAGGAUUUGUUUAUCAAGAAAUGAACCCUUUUUUUACACACACGUGUUUCAGACCACUGAUGGGACAAACAUGUUUGCUUGUCCUUCGCUUCGUGGCAUUGUUGUAUAAAAAUAUAAAUUGUGGAUCCUUGUGGUUAUUUUCUACGUUUGCCAUCAGGACAUCAAUGCUCCUUACGUCUUCAAACCACAUGUUUCUAAUAAAAUAUCCAUUACUGUACAA